AUGGCCUUCUUCAAGUGUUUCAAGAAAGGCACCGUUACUAUUCUUGAGGAUGAAAGUGAUAACUGGGACGAAGCAGCUUCAAAAAAUUCCAAGUCUACAGAUAGGGACCUUCACUCCACUGUUUUACAGUUAAAGUCCUCCCGUCAUACAGAUACCAAUUCAUCGAAGGCGUUCGAGCUUCUUAGCGAUCGAAUCCAUAAUGGAGCAGUGAAUUGGAGUUCUGCCCUCCCGACAGCUGGUGAAUCUACAUUUACUGAGUAUUACUGGGAGUGGCUUGAAGAUGUGGUAAGUAGAAGUACUCAGGUUCUUAAGAGCACCGGUCUAUAUAAUGUAGUAUUUGCCUCAUUAUUUAGCUAUGAUCGACAUGCUCCAGUCAUUCGAGCCUUUUGCGAGUACUGGUGUCCUGCAACAAAUACUCUUCAUACAUCGCAAGGAGAGAUGUCUAUUUCCCUUUGGGAUCUUCAUGAAAUUGGUGGUCUCCCUAUUACAGGUCGAUUUUAUGAUGAAGUUAUUCCAACCACUGAGAGUCUCAACAGGAAGGAUCAUAAAGGCAUGUCUUAUAUCCCACACAUUUGUCGCUACUUAUUCUUAGAGUAUCACAACAUUUUACAGGAUUCUAAAGGAAAAUCUGGAGUGAGAAUGACUGCUUGGAUAAAGUACUGGUCUCGAGGGCCAUUCAAGUAUAAAAAGCCUUCAAGGAAAACCAUACGGAACAAGUCACAAAAGCCAAAGGAGGACUCUGAUCCAUCUGGUAUCAUUCCGAUAGCACUGAAAUGCACUGAGGAAGAGGAAAGAGUUUUUGAAGAUUUGGGUAUAGCUGAUGAAGACAUGGAAAAAUCCUACUUGGCUGCAUUCCUUGCUUACUGGUUGCGCAAAUUUGUAUUUCCCAAAGAUGACGUAACUUUGAUCAUACCAGGGGUUUUCAAAGUUGCCAGUCGAAUGGCGCACGAUGUAUCAUUUGGCCUAGCAGUUCCAGUAUUGGCCAGCAUUUACAAGGGGUUGAACGAUAUUUGUAGUGCGGAUGAUCCAGGAAUUUGCACAACUGUUCUACCUUUCCAUUAUGUGUAUGGAUGGUUGGGUGAAUACUUCGACACAACAUUUUACAUCAUCUUCUGA